AUGUUUAUCAUGUACACCUUUCGGAGGGUACGCAUAGUUGUGUAUAAAGUAAUAUCAUCGUGGUGUUCUACCCUACAACAAGGAAGCCAGUGCGAAAUAAUUUUGGAUACCCUUAUUAAAGAAAUAUUGGUUGAUUUAAUUCCAUAUCACCCAACUACAUUAAAAAAUAGAGCCGAAUCAAGAUUAAAGGGGAAACGUUCAACCGAAAAUGGAUUUUCUAUGUUCGAGCAGCCAAUCGGUAACGAAGAAUCUGGCUUGCUUCGCCAGCAUGCUAUGUUCUGUCUGCAAAAUUUCUUAUUGUCUUCUGGUCAUUUGUUAAAACCACAACUUUUCAAGAAAAGUAUUUUUUACACAUUAAAAAGUUUACUUUUUUAUUAUAAUUCUUUUGAAUUUUUAUUGAAAUCGCAAAACUAUAGAUGUCCUGCGCCUACCGAAAUUAUUUUGGGUCUUUUAAACGAAUCAAACUUAUUCGUUAAUAGUAUUGCGCUACGAAAAACUUAUAACCUUAAAGAUUUGGAACCAAUGCUUCGAGCUCAAAAGGCGGAUACUCG